AUUUAAAGACUUUCCUGAGUCAGGAGAGCUGAGCUGCUGUGGAUAACAGUUUGCUGCAGGCAACCCUGGAGAGUAUUGAGUAGAGGGGAAAAAACACAGCAAGGGGGCUGACCUGGGGGACAAAAUGGAGACUGACUGCAACUCAGAGUCUGACAGAUCACGUGAUGUCUCCAUGGAAGAUGAAGAUGAAUCUAACAGCAGUUUAAAAAACCUUAACCAGAAUGAAGAGGUGAAAUCAGAUGCCAUGGAUACCAUUCAAACUGAAGAUAGUGGAAUGACGUGGGAGACUAGUUCAAGUAGAUGUUCCACUUCCCAAGCCUCAGAAACUAGUGCUACGUCUGGUGUUUAUAGUAUGGAAAACUCAUACAUGGAAGGUCUUCCAGGGAAAGCUGUAUUUCUGAUGGAUGAGGGGGACAUGGUUCAGAAAAGAAUAAGCAAUUCACCAGAUCAGGCAUCACUGUCAUCAAAUGAGAAAAGAGGUCCAGAUAAUAAAACAUGCGACUUUUCUGAAAAAGCUCUAGAAAGAGAAUUAGAUGCUGCUGAUCCACAGUCAUGGUCCCUUCAAGUGCAACCUUCAAAGAUUAAAAACUAUUUGGUACAAAUCACACAGGAAGCGGCAACUUCAUUGACAGAAGAAAAAGAAAAUGCUUUGAUUAAAAAGGGAGAGCUGCCCCUCGAAGGAACAGUAAGAACCAGGAUUCAGCUAAUCACUGCAGUCUUAGCAGAAAGAAAUAAAAAGAUUUUCCGGAGGGUGAACAAUCAAGAUUUGCCUCCACCUUCUGAUAUAGUCAGGAAGCCAAGACAACAACCAAAAAUAUUCACCAGGCAAGCCAUGUUGAAGGCAUCUUUAAGACAUCUUGAACGAGAGGCUGCAAUUAAGAAUAACAAAAAAGAAACCCUAUGUUAUAAUCUCAGGCAUGUACAAACAAAUAUUCCCAAGUCUGGCGUGUCCAUUCCGUGUAACACAGAUGAGAUGCAAUUGCGGCAAUCUUUUCUGCCUGAACCUCUAAAUAAGGCUUCCAAAAAGGUGCCACCAAUUUCAUCACUUCUCACUGAUACAGCGAAAAAGCGGGGCACCAGAUUACAUUCCCCUGUAACUCCAACAACAGUCCCAGAACAGACAAGCUUUACUUAUCAUGACAAAAUGGAAAACAAGGGAAAGCAAUCUCAUCUUCUUGAUACAGCAAAUACCAUGUCAGAAAAGUUGCCCAACCUCCUUACUGAAACAGAAAAGGAAGAAAUGCAGGGAUAUUCACCAAUGAUCACAGAGGUCACUGACAUAUCAGAAGAAUCAAGGGCUCCACCAGAGAGGAAGACAGUUCGACCUUCUUCACCUGUUUCUACUGAACCCCUUUCUCAGCCUGCUAACGAAACAGAGAGUCAGUCUGACUCAAGUAUAACCAUGCUAUCAGAACCUGCAGCUCACAAUGUGCAGUACUCAAAUAAUAUUGCAGCCAAGCACUAUGAGUCCCAAGACUCUGUUUCAACUGAAACAAGAAACCAAGAUACUGAAUUCACAAUCCCUUCACAAUUAGAGAUAAAAGAUUCAGGCUUGUUGCAUUCUGCUGAAGAAGCAUGGAAGCAAGACAUUCCUACUUGCUCACCUGAAACCUCAGAAUCUGUGGUCAAACAAGCAAAAUUACUACCUUCAGUUAGUGAAAGAGAAAAGCAAGAACAGAAACAGCUGGAGGCAGAAUAUUCAAAGAAAGAAGAAGCACAGGAGCAAUUGACCACACUUUUACAAGCAAAGUCAGAGCAUUUGAUGCAAUCGGUGAAAGAGUGGGAGGCUGGAGAAACUGAAACGGUACCUGAUUUAUCUUCUACAACUGGCACAAGAGAACCACAGGAAUUCCAGAGUGAUUUAUAUGAAAUUGCAGAUGAGCAUACUGGACUUCCACAGCCAUCGUAUUUCAUGGAUGAAGCAGAGAAAAAAGAAAAAGAGCAUCUGGAAUCAGAUUUGGCAAAGCAAACUGUUCAGGCUCAGGCACCUGUGACCACAUCACUAGAGCCAGAAGAAUCGGACAUAUUGUACUCAGGAAGUGAAGCUGAGAAUGAGAUGGCGCAGCCAGAAUCUCAAUGCCCUGAUCCAUCACCCCCUGUUCCUGAAGCACAGAGAGAAGAAAUUAACCAACAUGCUACAGUACUAGCACAACCAGAAAGUGAUUAUCUAGUUGUCUCUGAACCUACAAAGGCACCACAAAGAUUGGAAUCCAUGGGGCCAUUGCAUCUCAAAGGUAAAGAAGUCACUCUGCACUCUCCUGCUGAAUCACUCAACUCAUCAGAGCAACUGCCGCCUAUUUUAUCUGCUGAGAAUGUAGAAAAGCAGGAAACUCAGCAGCCUUCACUAGUAACUGAAACACCAUUGCCAGAAUGCCUGGAAUCUGUUUUACCACACCCAACUGAACAACUGGAGAAACAAGACAAUUUGCCCUGUUCUCCUGAGAUAGCUGAAACAGCAGAAGCAUCACUUCUCACUGUGGCCUUUCAAAAGGCUGAAGUAACAAAAGCAGAAGUUCAUCCCUCGUCUCCCACAGUGGUUCCAUCAGAAGAACUGGUGCCUAUUUCAAGAGAGCCAGAUGUUGCCAUAGGUAGGAAAACAACUCAGCUGGUUUCACCUUUAUCUGUAGAACCUCCAGGGAAAGUAUCUAUUCCACCACAAGAAGCAGUGGAGGUAGAAAACCACUUCAGCCCACCUAUACAUGCGAAGCUGAGUUCUGAGGAUCAGGAUGAAUCACAUCCCACCAUAGAUGAAAGCCACCAAGAGGGUCAGUUUCCUUUAUUUGCAACCACACAGUUUGAGCUGGGACUUUCAACUGAAUCUGAAUCAACAAUGCAGAAUAUUAAUCAGAAUUUCUCUGUGUCAUCCCGGUUGGAAGAAACAACUGCCUUGCAUUCAGUUGACGAAGUAGAAAAGAAUUUGGCCUAUUCUCCUGAGAUAGCUACUGAAACAGCAGAGUUAUCACUUCCCACUGUGGCCUUUCAAAAGGCUGAAGUAACAAAAGCAGAAGUUCAUCCCUCGUCUCCCACAGUGGUUCCAUCAGAAGGAUUGGUGUCUAUUUCAAGAGAGCCAGAUGUUGCCACAGACAGGAAACAGUUGGCUUCACCUUUAUCCGUAGAAUCUCCAGGGAAAGUAUCUAUUCCACCACAAGAAGCAGUGAAGAUAGAAAACCAGUUCAGCCCGCCUAUACAUGCGAAGCUGAGUUCUGAGGAACAGGAUGAAUCACACCCCACCAUAGAUGAAAGCCACCAAGAGGGUCAAUUUCCUUUAUUUGCAACCACAUGGUGUGAGCUGGGACUUUCAACUAAAUCUGAAUCAACAAUGCAGAAUAUUAAUCAGAAUUCCUCUGUGUCAUCCCGGUUGGAAGAAACAACUGUCUUGCAUUCAGUUGACGAAGUAGAAAAGAAUUUGGCCUAUUCUCCUGAGAUAGCUACUGAAACAGCAGACAUAUCACUUCUCACUGUGGCCUUUCAAAAGGCUGAAGUAACAAAAGCAGAAGUUCAUCCCUCGUCUCCCACAGUGGUUCCAUCAGAAGAACUGGUGCCUAUUUCAAGAGAGCCAGAUGUUGCCAUAGGUAGGAAAACAACUCAGCUGGUUUCACCUUUAUCUGUAGAACCUCCAGGGAAAGUAUCUAUUCCACCACAAGAAGCAGUGGAGGUAGAAAACCACUUCAGCCCACCUAUACAUGCGAAGCUGAGUUCUGAGGAUCAGGAUGAAUCACAUCCCACCAUAGAUGAAAGCCACCAAGAGGGUCAGUUUCCUUUAUUUGCAACCACACAGUUUGAGCUGGGACUUUCAACUGAAUCUGAAUCAACAAUGCAGAAUAUUAAUCAGAAUUUCUCUGUGUCAUCCCGGUUGGUAGAAACAACUGCCUUGCAUUCAGUUGACGAAGUAGAAAAGAAUUUGGCCUAUUCUCCUGAGAUAGCUACUGAAACAGCAGAGUUAUCACUUCCCACUGUGGCCUUUCAAAAGGCUGAAGUAACAAAAGCAGAAGUUCAUCCCUCGUCUCCCACAGUGAUUCCAUCAGAAGAAUUGGUGUCCAUUUCAAGAGAGCCAGAUGUUGCCACAGACAGGAAACAGUUGGCUUCACCUGUAUCCGUAGAAUCUCCAAGCAAAGUAUCUAUUCCACCACAAGAAGCAGUGAAGAUAGAAAACCAGUUCAGCCCGCCUAUACAUGCGAAGCUGAGUUCUGAGGAACAGGAUGAAUCACACCCCACCAUAGAUGAAAGCCACCAAGAGGAUCAGUUUCCUUUAUUUGCAACCACAUGGUUUGAGCUGGGACUUUUAGCUGAAUCUGAAUCAACAAUGCAGAAUAUUAAUCAGAAUUCCUCUGUGUCAUCCCGGUUGGAAGAAACAACUGCCCUGCAUUCUGUUGAUGACGUAGAAAAGAAUUUGCCUUAUUCUCCUGAGAUUGCUGCUGAAACAGCAGAGUUAUCACUUCCCACUGUGGCCUUUCAAAAGGCUGAAGUAACAAAAGGAGUUCAUCCCUCGUCUCCCACAGUGGUUCCAUCAGAAGAAUUGGUGUCUAUUUCAAGAGAGCCAGAUGUUGCCACAGACAGGAAACAGUUGGCUUCACCUUUAUCAGUAGAAUCUCCAGGGAAAGUAUCUAUUCCACCACAAGAAGCAGUGAAGAUAGAAAACCAGUUCAGCCCGCCUAUACAUGCGAAGCUGAGUUCUGAGAAUCAAGAUGAAUCACAUCCCACCAUAGAUGAAAGCCACCAAGAGGAUCAAUUUCCUUUAUUUGCAACCACAUGGUGUGAGCUGGGACUUUCGACUAAAUCUGAAUCAACAAUGCAGAAUAUUAAUCAGAAUUCCUCUGUGUCAUCCCGGUUGGAAGAAACAACUGUCUUGCAUUCAGUUGACGAAGUAGAAAAGAAUUUGGCCUAUUCUCCUGAGAUAGCUACUGAAACAGCAGACAUAUCACUUCUCACUGUGGCCUUUCAAAAGGCUGAAGUAACAAAAGCAGAAGUUCAUCCCUCGUCUCCCACAGAGGUUCCAUCAGAAGAACUGGUGCCUAUUUCAAGAGAGCCAGAUGUUGCCAUAGGUAGGAAAACAACUCAGCUGGUUUCACCUUUAUCUGUAGAACCUCCAGGGAAAGUAUCUAUUCCACCACAAGAAGCAGUGGAGGUAGAAAACCACUUCAGCCCACCUAUACAUGCGAAACUGAGUUCUGAGGAUCAGGAUGAAUCACAUCCCACCAUAGAUGAAGGCCACCAAGAGGGUCAGUUUCCUUUAUUUGCAACCACAUGGUUUGAGCUGGGACUUUCGACUGAAUCUGAAUCAACAAUGCAGAAUAUUAAUCAGAAUUCCUCUGUGUCAUCCCGGUUGGAAGAAACAACUGCCUUGCAUUCUGUAGACGAAGUAGAAAAGAAUUUGGCCUAUUCUCCUGAGAUAGCUACUGAAACAGCAGACUUAUCACUUCCCACUGUGGCCUUUCAAAAGGCUGAAGUAACAAAAGCAGAAGUUCAUCCCUCGUCUCCCACAGUGAUUCCAUCAGACGAAUUGGUGUCCAUUUCAAGAGAGCCAGAUGUUGCCACAGACAGGAAACAGUUGGCUUCACCUGUAUCCGUAGAAUCUCCAAGCAAAGUAUCUAUUCCACCACAAGAAGCAGUGAAGAUAGAAAACCAGUUCAGCCCACCUAUACAUGCGAAGCUGAGUUCUGAGGAACAGGAUGAAUCACACCCCACCAUAGAUGAAGGCCACCAAGAGGAUCAGUUUCCUUUAUUUGCAACCACAUGGUUUGAGCUGGGACAUUCGGCUGAAUCUGAAUCAACAAUGCAGAAUAUUAAACAGAAUUCCUCUGUGUCAUCCCGGUUGGAAGAAACAACUGUCUUGCAUUCAGUUGACGAAGUAGAAAAGAAUUUGGCCUAUUCUCCUGAGAUAGCUACUGAAACAGCAGACUUAUCACUUCCCACUGUGGCCUUUCAAAAGGCUGAAGUAACAAAAGCAGAAGUUCAUCCCUCGUCUCCCACAGUAGUUCCAUCAGAAGAACUGGUGCCUAUUUCAAGAGAGCCAGAUGUUGCCAUAGGUAGGAAAACAACUCAGCUGGUUUCACCUUUAUAUGUAGAACCUCCAGGGAAAGUAUCUAUUCCACCACAAGAAGCAGUGGAGGUAGAAAACCACUUCAGCCCACCUAUACAUGCGAAGCUGAGUUCUGAGGAUCAGGAUGAAUCACAUCCCACCAUAGAUGAAGGCCACCAAGAGGGUCAGUUUCCUUUAUUUGCAACCACACGGUUUGAGCUGGGACAUUCGGCUGAAUCUGAAUCAACAAUGCAGAAUAUUAAACAGAAUUCUGCUGUAUCAUCCUGGUUGGAAGUAACAACAGCAUUGCAUUGUGUUGAUGAAGCAAAAAAGAAAGAUAUGCAUCCUGACAAAUCCAUCAUCAAGCCUUCACAUCUAGAUUCAUUGCAUUCUGUAUGCAUGCCAGAAAAACAAGAGAGGACAGAGUCAGAGAUUGAGCAAACUACUCAGCAGUUAUCACAUACAGUUCUACCAAAGGAAUCAUGUAAACUGCAGCCAGUGGAGGAAAUAGAAGUAAAUGGGAUCCAGCCUCAUUUAUCUGCAACUGCACAAACUUCAUCCCAGUCAGUUUAUAUGAUGGAAACACAGGCAGAUCAGUCUGUUUCAAAGAGAACAGCAGCCCUUGAUUCUGGAUCUACAAGUACACCGUACACUGAGGCUGAAGUAGAGAAAUAUAAUACUACAGAACCAAUAUCAAAAGAUAUGGCAAACCAAGCUAUUCAGGCUGUCACUGCAACAGUAGAGCCAUGCUAUCCAAAAGAAUUGCAUUCAGUGUCUGAAUCAGGAAAACAUCUAGAUGCACCUUUCCCAGUGCAAAACACAGAGGAAGGAGACCUUGAGUCACAGAGGUUUGCGGCUCCAGAAUCAGAAGGCAAACACUCAGUCUCAUCAGAAAGAAAGAGAGAAGAAUCUGAAUUUUAUUCAAUCAUAACCCCAGCAUCAGAACUGGGACAUCUUACUGGUGGUCCAGAAACACAGGAGAGUCAAAGCUGUUCAUCUGAUACAUUAAAGGUAGCAUCCAAACCAUCUCCAAAUAUUUCAUCAUUCAUUCUUGAUGAAAUAAAGGAUCAGCCAGUUCCACCAGUGCUCAUAGUGAGUCCAGCCCCAGCCUCAGAGCAGUCAAACUUUCUUUCACCAAUUCUUAAAGAUAAAGCCAAAAUAGAAGAAAAUCAAACCCCUUUUCCUGAAACUCCAAAAAUGGCACUACAAAAGCCACUGUCUUUUGCAGCCUUCCUCUUUGAUGAAACCAAGGGAGAUUCACUUGAUUCACUUGUGGCUACAAUUCCCCCCCCUGAGGAAUCAAAUUCCAUUCCAGAAAAUUUCUUUUCUGAAGAAGUAAAGGAAAUGGCUCCUCCGUCCUCACCUUUGUCUACAGAACAACUUUCCAAGGAAGCAAUUUCAUUGUCUGAUGCUGAAGAAGAAAAGAAACAAGACCAGUCUUGUUCACUUCUAAGGGAAGAGUCAAAGCAUUUGGCUGCUGGAGAAGCAAAUGUGCAAGGUGACCAGUCUUAUUUGCUUGUUAUGGCACAGCCUGAAGCAAGGAGCCAGGAAAUCAAGCCAUAUUGCCCUGAGACAACACAACCAGAGCUAGAUUUGACCUUGUUGAAUUCCACUGAAGAGAUCAGGAAGGAGGAGCCUCCUCUAUAUUCACCUUCACUUGUAUCAUCAGCAUCCAUACAUCAAGAAAUAUUGUAUCAUGAGGGAGAAAGAGAAAACCAAGGAAGGGUAACUUUUGAGACUGAACCUUCAAAGGAGCAGGAUGCUCUUCUAAAGUCACCCAUCCUGGCACAGGAAUUGGAACACCUACACUUACUGCAGUCAGUAAAAGACUCACAGAUAGAAGGAAUUCAGCCUUACUCUUCUGCAACUGUUCAAGGUUCAUCACAGCUAUUGGGUGAGACAGGAAUACAGGAACAUCAGGGCUACUUGCCUAAAACUGUAGAAGUGGAUUCAGGAGUUUCUAAGCUAUCAGAGCUGAUGGAUGUAGUGAAAAACCAAACCCAGCUGCUAUGGUCUGAAGCUACUGAGUUAGAAAGUAAACAGUCCAUUUUGUCAGAAGAGCAAAGGGAGAAAAUCCAGUAUCCACUGAUAACUACACCACUGGAUCUGGGACAUUUAGGUUCAUCUUAUUCCACAGAAAUACCAUUCUGUUCAUCUGAGGCACAGAAUCAGACCUCAGAACAGCCACCAUCAGUUCCAUCUCUGCUCACCGAGAAAGUAGAGGAGCAGGAAGUUCAUUCACAGCCACCAGCAGUCUCAACAUCAUCCAUGCUGGGUCAACCCAACACUGCUCCAUGGGAUCUAAUUGAAGAAGAUGAGAAACAACAGACCAAGCCUUGCCCUCCUGAGGUUGCUAAUGUGAUAUCAGAUGAGCCCUUGUCCAUUGCAGCCUUCCUUCUUUCUGAGGCAAAAGAAAUACAUUCUACUUUUCCCCUAACUUCAAAAAAAGAUCAUCUAGACACUCAACCUCCUUUCAAGGAAGCUGAUUUCUUAAUAGAAAGAUCAGAAAACACUUCAACUGGUCCUCCUGAGACAAAUGUAACUGUUAAGAGAGAAACUGAGCCUCCUACAACACAUUUUGAAAUGGAACAGUUUGCUAGUGAACCUGAAGAAGAUGUUACUUAUGAUGGAAGGGAAGAUAUCUCUGAUAUUCUUACACUAUCUAAUUUCAUUCCAAAUAAGCCUUCCAGUGUUGUGAUACUGGAACUCGUAAAUGAUACUCUCACAAACAACUUACAUUCAUCAGUAAGUUCUGCAGACUCAGAUACGACCGCCAGUAAGACACUAAGCAGUAUUGAAGACUUUUCAAAAACAGAAGAAAACAAGUGUUUGCCUACUAUAGAGAAAACUUUGAAAGAGCCUGAAAACUACAUACAAAAAGAAAAGGAAUUAAAAGAUCAUGAGAAACUGAGAGACGAAGCCAUACAUGAUCUUGAACUUGAUCAAGGAAAAGAUAUAUUCAGUAUUUCUGAAGGUUACGAGGUAGUGAAUAUGCAUACUGCACCACUCAGUUCUUCAGCUGAUAAAGAAGAGAAGCAUACACUAGAGACAUUGGAAUACUUGGAAACAGUUUCCUUGCAGGAAACAAAGCCAUUCAAUGAUGUCAGAGAUAUGGUUGGUAACCAUGAACUUUCUGUGUGUAAACUAAGUGCAAAAACUUCAGAAAGCUUAAAAGGAGACAACCAUGAAAAUACAGAAUACAAAUCAAAAGAACUUUUUAAAGAAAAAGGUGACAAAGAAAGUGUAGAAACCAAGAAGGAAAUGUCUAUUAUUCAAGAAAAUAAGGAUGUUGGUGCUUUAAAUUAUACUGGUAUGGAUUAUUUUGAAAAAUAUACCUUUGUUGACAACACAUUUUUUACCCAGACAGGAAAGGAGCAAUUUUUAAAGGAAGUACAGGGGCCAUUUGAAGUUACAAAAGAAAAUUCUGCAACACCUCCAGUUAGGGAAAAUGAUAAAAACACAGAGGAUGAGCUUAACUUAGCAGGCAAACCCCUAUUUAACACAGGAGAAGAUGUGUUAUCCCAAUCUCCAUUCAUUCCCUUGCCAGCUACUACAGUCAGUCCUGAGCCUCUUGAUAUGCCACCUGCUUUGGCAUUUUUGUAUAAAGAUCUCUAUAAAGAAUCAGUGGAAGGAUCUAAAGAAGAUAGCCAUAAAUGUCCAUCAAAUGAAGAAAGUGAGAAUACUGACAUGUCCCCUCACACUAGAGGUCCUACUCCAUAUUAUGGGACUAAAAUGUCCAUUCAAAGAGAUGUUUCUAAAGAUCAAACUCCAAAUUUGGAAGAAUCCCAGAAGGAACAAGUUCUAAAAGAUCACCCUAUUAAUGAACAAGGUUUAAACCUUUUCUCAAAUGGUGCAGAUGAACCAAAUGAAAAGGAACCUCAGUCUGUUCACUUUUUAGCUGAAGCACAUGCCCAACCAGAGGACUUGCCACCAAGAGGAAUUGUGGAAGGGUUGAAUGAUGCCUUGACUGAUAGGCCAGCUGAGAUAAUCAGUGACAUAAAAGUGGAAACUUGCUAUCCUACACAUGCAAUUACUUUUGGAAGUGGGCUCUAUAGCUCAGAUGCAAACAAUGAUGGUAACAAUCAAAGAACAGCAGAAGAAUCCUUGGACUUUGAAGGGCAUGUUUCUAAAGUUCAUACUCCAAAUUUGGAAGAAUCCCAGAAGGAACAAAUUCUAGGAGAUCAGCCUAAUAAUGAACAAGGUUUGGACCUUUUCUCAAAAGGUGCAGAUGAACCAAAUGAGAAGGAACUUCAGUCUGUUCACUUUCUAGCUGAAGCACAUGCCCUACCAGAGAUCCUGCCACCAAGAGGAGUUGUGGAGGGGUUGAAUGAUGUCUUGACUGAUAGGCCAGCUGAGAUCAUCAGCGACAUAAAAGUUGGAACUUGCUAUCCUACACAUGCAAUUCCUUUUGGAAGUGGGCUCUAUAGCUCAGGUGCAAGCAAUGAUGAUAACAAUCAAAGAGCAGAAAAAUCCUUGGACUUUGAAAGGGAUGUUUCUAAAGAUCAUACUCCAAAUUUGGAAGAAUCCCAGAAGGAACAAAUUCUAGAAGGUCAGCCUAAUAAUGAACAAGGUUUGAACCUUUUCUCAAACAGUGCAGAUGAACCAAAUGAAAAGGAACUUCAGUCUGUUCACUUUCUAGCUGAAGCACAUGCCCUACCAGAGAUCCUGCCACCAAGAGGAAUUGUGGAGGGGUUGAAUGAUGCCUUGACUGAUAGGCCAGCUGAGAUCAUCAGUGACAUAAAAGUUGGAACUUGCCAUCCCACACAUGCAAUUCCUUUUGGAAGUGGGCUCUAUAGCUCAGGUGCAAGUAAUGACGACAGCAGCCAAAGAAGAGCAGAAGAAUCCUUACCUGAAGAAGCAGGUCAAGUAUUACCAGAGGAAACAAGUGAUGAGGAGUAUAGUCCAAUACCUGAUUAUGCAGCAAGUGUCUAUCAAACUUCAGCAUCUGUGCAGGAUGAAUCAAAUGAAGUUGCUUGUUUUGCAGUUGACCGAAACCAGCAAUCUGAAAUAACAGGCAUUCAUGAAAUGGAUAAUGAUGUCAGAAAACCUGUUGAAGAAAACAUACAAUCUCAUGAAGCAUUCCACCAUGUUAGCAGUCACUGGGAAAAUGAGGGACAACCGGAAAGCCAGUUAAUUUCGGUCUUUGAGUCCAUAUCACAAGACACACAAUCUUUAGACCAUAAACACCUUCCAUGUUGGGACACUGAGGGGCAAACAUCUGAAAAAAGAGUUGGAGAAAAUAUUACUGAUGACUUAACUAAACCCAAUAAAGAAGCAGCAUACCAACCACCAUCUGAAGAAAUAUCUGAUAGACCAUUUGGAGAACUGGACCAUUCUCUUUUGUCACAUGAUUUUGAUACCUAUCCAUUAUACUCAAUAAAAGAAGAGUCCAGUGACAUUGAUGAAGAUAUAGCUGAGCUCAUGGAUUAUGAAAUGGUUAGCCGAGAUGAUGUUUUUGAUGAAGAAACAUCAUCAGAAGUGACUCAUGAAGAGUUGCUAUUUGAUGACAGAAAAUCCUUAGACCGCAUUAGUGAUAGUUAUGAAUUUGUGAAUGAAAGAGAGGCAAAUACGUACGCUGAAGCAGAAGAGUUUGAGUUGAUGGGUCUUGACAAGCUACCAAGUAAAGUUACAGAACCUGAGGUCCUACAGAAAGAAUUAGAUCAUGAACUAUUAGAUAGUUAUUGCUAUGAGUGUAAAUGUCCAAUUUCUGCUGAGGACAGACUUUCUGGGGAGCAUAAAGAGCACAAUGUGACUAACUUGGAUACAGCUGUGACUGAAUUAAAGGGUCAAUUGGAUGGAUUCCUAGAUGUUUUGCAAGAAAGAUCUUUGAAGGUUGAGGGGUUUGUCAGUGAGAUUGAAGCUCUGUUUAAUUCUCUUGAGGAAAACUGUAAGGAAAAAGAGCAGCUUUUAGAAGAGCAAAAUGAAAGCAUCAUCAAGACUGUGAUAGGACACCAUGACAGAAAGGCACAGAGCUUUGAGGAAGUAAAGAACACCAAAAUAGAGUAUCUUUAUGAACAGAUGGUUAAUUUUCAAGAAUAUAUUGAUACAGCAAAGGACACGCUGGAGACUAUCAUAAAGGAAACUGAAGAAAUGGAUGAUUUUGUUUUUCUAAGUUCAUCGGAAGAAAUAAAUAAAAGGUUACUUUCUGCAGUGGAGAAUAUUCUGGCUUUGGAAAAGAUGCCAACUGCAUUCUCACAGUUUGAACAUUUUGCAGGUGGCUCAGCAAAUGGCAACCAGACCUUAAAACACAUGCCUGUCCCACAGACUCCAAAAUUACAACCUCAGGAUCCAAACUCGGCCACGAGCACAUCGAUUGCAGUGUAUUGGACUGUGAAUGAAGAUGAUGUCAUUGAUUUCUUCCAGCUCUAUUGUAUGGAGAAGUACCCAGGAAACAGAGAACAAAGUGGCUUGGCAGAAGAAUAUCGUGUUACUGUGAAGGAGACCAACUGCAUUUUGGAAGAGUUAGAGCCUGGUCACUGUUACAGUGUAUGGGUUAUGGCUGUAAACUACACAGGAUGCAGCUUUCCCAGUGACAAAUCCACAUUUAGAACGGCUCCCCCGACCCCUGUAAUAAAGGCAGAAGAAUGCAGUGUGUGUUGGAAUGCUGCCACCAUCCGAUGGAGCACCAUUAACCCAGAAGCAACAGAUUCUUUCACACUUGAGUACUGCAGACAGUAUUCUCCUGAAGGAGAAGGUCUCAGAUCUCUGGCUGGAACUAAAAGACCUGAAAUGAAAGUUCACCUAGAAUCAAACAUAAAUUAUUUCUUCUAUGUGAGAGCAGUUAACAUCUUCGGGACAAGUGAACAAAGUGAAGCCGCUCUCAUCUCAACAAAAGGAACUAGAUUUCACAUAAUGAAAGAAGCAGCUCCCCCUGAAUUACAAGUGUCGCCGAAUGGAACUAUGAUAUGCCUUCCUGAGAAAUCUGAAGUCACCAGCUUCUCACCAGUGUUGGGCGAACUCUUGUCUGCUCAUGGAUGGCACUAUUGGGAAACCACUGUAAGUGGCUGCUCGGCUUACAAGGUUGGGAUCUGCUACUCCACUGUACCACAAGACAGCAUCCUGGGGGAGAACAAUACUUCCUGGUGCUUGCAUUGUCCUAGCAAGACAAGUUUCAUAUAUAAAGUCCUCCAUAAUGGUGAAAUUAGUGAAGUUAUUGUGACGGAACAACCAACCAGGAUUGGCAUUCUGCUGGACUAUACUGCCGGAAGACUCUUAUUUUUCAACGCAGAAAGAGGGCAAGUACUCUUUGCCAUCAGGCAGAAAUUCACCAAUGCUGCUCACCCUGCCUUUGUGUUGGAGCAACCAGGAGUACUUAACCUGCAUACAGGCAUGGAGCUUCCAGAGUUUGUGAAGCAAAGCUAAAAAGUUUUCUUUUGAACUACCUGCAAGACAAAAACAAAUUAGAAUUUGCUAAAAAGGCUUGGGAUGGUCUUUUCCCCCUUCUCCUUCUCCUAAUAGAAAGAUCAUUAGCCAGAGAAGUGCUCUGUGAACUCAUUGGCCUCAAUCAUCCUUUCAUCAUCCUUUCCUCCUCCUCAACAGCAGCUUCUCUACACUACUUCAUAAAGUACUUUUUACAUUUGGGGGAAGUUUCAAAAAGCAGAUCAAGGGAGCUGCUGUUAGGAACAAAAGUGUAAUGCUUUUCACAGAUUGCACACGUAACCCACCCACACACUUCCAAGAACUCCCUGGAUGAUAGCCAAAUCUUUUCUGUAGCUGUUUUUAUUUACUGGACCGAUGUGCACAAGAGGUGCAAACACACACAGAAGAGCCAUAGCUCACUGGUAGAGCAUCUACUUUGCUUGCACAAGAUACCAGGUUCAAUCCCCAUCAUCUCUAGGUAGGACUAGGAGAGACCUCUCUCUGAAACCCUGGAGAGCUGCUGCAUUCAUUAUAGACAACACUGGGCUAGAUGGACCAAUGAUCCAUCUAUAUGGACUCAGUAGAAGGGAGCCCCCUAUAUUCCUAGUUAAUACACAGAAACGCAAAUAAGUUCUCUUUACACUUAUUACUUUCUAUGCACUCUGUGAUGUAUACUCAAGUCUUUCCUGAAGCAAUAUAUAUAUUCCUGCACUAUUCCAAGGCAUUUUAAUGGGUUCUACCAAAAAGACAUUUGUGGGAGGAUUGUGCCUAUUGGCCCCAAUCCAGCUAUUAAAGAAUUGACCCACACAGGGCUACCUCCAAUUAAGAUAGUUGGUGCUGCCAGAAUCUGGGGAGAGUUUCCACCCACCCCCUCCCAGCUUUUGACCAAGUUAACACUCAUAUAUGACACUAACAACAUUGGCCAUCUUGAUUUCAGUUACACUCAUUAUUCUUGAUUGGUAAAGUACCUAAUCUGCUAGGAUGUGUGUACAUAAAAGGCUGGUUUCUUAUGUGCUUUGGCCUAACAGUUACGGCCUAACUAUAUCAGGGCAGUUGUUAGUAGGAAAAUUAUUCUAAUACUGUUUUAAUGGUAUAUGAUAUUAAAAUAUCUAAAUAA